AUGGCAGCUAAACGCCCCAACUUCCUCGUUAUAGUCGCCGAUGACCUCGGUUUCUCCGAUGUAGGUUGCUUCGGCGGAGAAAUCCGGACUCCAAACAUCGACCAAAUCGCCAAAGAAGGCCUCCGAUUCACCGAUUUCCAUGCAGCAGCAGCAUGCUCUCCAACCCGCGCCAUGAUCAUGACAGGCACAGACCAUCACAUCGCCGGUCUAGGCAAUCUAAUCGAAUGGACCAACAUCUCCGGCCAAAACGGUCCUAAAGGCUCAUCUAUGAGCACCGCCCCCCAACGUGGCAUGCCAGGGUACGAGGGCUUCCUCAACGAGCGGGUCGUGGCACUCCCAGAGAUCCUCCGCGACGGCGGAUACCACACCGUGAUGUCGGGAAAAUGGCAUUUAGGUCUUACACCAGAGCGAUCACCCCACAAGCGCGGGUUCAAUCGCUCAUUCGCACACUUACCCGCCUGCUCAAAUCACUAUGCCUUCGAGCCAGAGCUAAAAGACCAAGACCAUCUCCCGACUUUCAUUGAGGCGAGCUAUAUAGCUCUGCACAUGGAGGAUGGCGAGUAUGUACGUCAUCUCCCAGAUGACUGGUACUCGUCCGAUGGAUACGGGGAUAAGAUGGUCGAUUACCUGAAAGAAUGGAAAGAGAGCGGUAGCGAAGGUGGAGAUCAAGACAAGCCAUUCUUCGCAUACCUCCCUUUCACAGCGCCUCACUGGCCGCUGCAAGCUCCGCGCGAGUAUAUAGACCACUACCGCGGCGUGUAUGACUCCGGACCUGAUGUGCUCCGCGAGAAACGUCUACAGCGUCUGAAGGAGCUGGGGAUUGUGCGGGGUGACGUCGAGGCGCAUCCCGUUCAAGCAGAGGAAGCCAAAGAGUGGGAUGAGUACACUGCGGAGGAGAAGAAGAAGUCUUCCGUUGCAAUGGAGGUAUUUGCCGGGAUGGUUGAGUGCAUUGAUUCGAAUGUCGGGAAGGUAAUCGAGUACCUACGAUCUAUCGACGAACUCGAGAACACAUUCGUCUGCUUUAUGUCUGACAACGGUGCUGAAGGCGCCGCCUACGAGGCCUAUCCGAUGGUUAAGAAUGGUGUCAUGCCGCAUCUGCAGAAAUACUACGAUAACAGUCUUGAGAAUCUCGGGAAUGGGAAUUCCUUCAUCUGGUAUGGUCCGCGCUGGGCGCAGGCUGCUACCGCGCCUUCGAGACUGUAUAAGGCGUAUACCACUGAGGGCGGCGUGCGUGUUCCAUUUACCUGUCGCUUCCCUGCGAACUUUGAUAUCAAUCCUGUUGAUGUUGGGGGGAAGGGCGGGAUCACAGAUCAGUUCGCUACGGUUAUGGACCUCGCUCCGUCGAUACUUGAUAUGGCGGGGAUUCAGCAUCCGGCGCCGAUGUACCAGGGGAGGGAGGUUGUUGAAAUGCGUGGUCGGAGUUUCUAUCCCUGGGCGGUUGGGAAGACGGAGCGGAUUCAUCCGGUUGAGUUUAUUCAGGGGUGGGAGACGUGUGGACGGGCUGCGUUGCGUUGUGCGGAUUGGAAGAUUGUUUUUAUUCCGAAGCCUAAGGGGCCGGAGAAGUGGCAGUUGUAUAAUCUUGUUCAGGAUCCUGGGGAGAUUCAUGAUCUGUCAGAUGUUGAGCCGGAGAAGAUGAAGCAGUUGCUUAAAUUAUGGGAUCAGUAUGUGCUUGAGACGGGUGUUGUCCCGCUUUGUCCUGAUCUUGGGGAGUUUUUGGAGGCGACGGAGGCUCAGAUGCCUGAGAAUGCGUGGAUGGAGUUUGAUUAUUGGAAAGAAGGGGCUAGAGAUGAGCCGGAGAAGUUUAUGCGUCAACCACCGAGGUUUCAGAGGACUGUUAAGCCUUUCUGA